GAGUGCAACUCAACAACAGCAGAAAUCAGUUAUUGUGGUCUUCGUCGUUUGACGGUGUCAUUCAUAAAAGUGCUUUUGCUACGAACGGAUACGGUUACUUUACUCGUACAAUUUUACAAGUCGAAAAAAAAAAAACAAACAAACAAACAAUCCAACCGAUAUCGCGAAGAGUGAGAAUAAGAAAAUACAAAAGCAAAAUUUAAAAAUUAACUAAAUUAAAUAAUAAAAAAUAUAUUCAUAAAAUUAAAAAAAUAACGAAAAAAAAAAACUAAAACAACAACAAAGAUUUGAAAAUAAAGUUAAAAAAUUGUUUAUACCUAUAAAAUACUAUAGUGAACUAAACUUGUUGGUUGGCCGGGUUGUCUGUGGCCUGGCUUAAACUCUAUUAACUUGACUUAUAACUUACAAUUUAAGUGUUUUUUGUUGCUGUUGUUGUUAUUCUGUUAGACAACAAACAAAUAAUAAAAUAUACAACAACAAACACAUGGUGGCUCUGUGUGAGAAGGAUUUUUUGAACAUAAAUUUUUUUCAUUAAAAAAACAACUUUUUCCAUGAGCGUAAAAAGUAAAUAAAUACAAAAAAAAACUUUUUGUUUUGCAAUUUUGAGAUUUGAUUUUUGUUUUUGUUAAAAAAAAAAACAUUAUUAACAAUAUAAUAAACAAUAAAAAGUAAAAUAAAACAACAACAUCGAAAAAAAGUUAAAUAAAUAUGAGCAAUACAAUGACCGCUCAUGAACCCAUAAACUACUUGGAUAGCAUCCUUAACGAAGAGGAGAAACGCUGUGAGUACAGUCAUCAAUGGCGCAAUUUCACCAUAUCACGUUCAGGUCGCUUUAAAUCAAAAAACAAACAUCGUAAUGCUGUCGAUGGUAAAAUGUUUGAUCAUACAGCAGGCACAACAUCUAAUACAUCAUCAUCUUCAUCAUCGGUAGCUUCAGCAGCAAUGGGAACUUCAUCAGCUUAUAGUACAUCCUCCUUAGAUAAGGAUAAGAUCUCAUCACAUUAUGGUUCAUCAACAUUUGCCUCAACAAAAUCCUAUCAAAAUCAAACCGCUUCUACAAAAUCGAUCUCAUCAUCAUCAUCAUCGGCCAAUACAAGACAACGUGACAAAAUGGAAACCUAUAAAAGUUACUAUGAGACAAAUUUAUAAAGGCAAAAACAAAAAUGUUCUUUAAUUUUUUUUGUUGCUUAAAAUAUUAAAGAAAAAAAAAGAACAUAUAACUUAAGAGCCACACAAAAAUGUUUAAUAACAAUGAUAAUUGAAAUUUUGUUAGCAAUUUUUACUAUUUUUUUUUUAUGCUACUUAUUACUACUACUUAUGAGAAACUCAGCGUAUGAAAAAAAAGAAAUUUUAUGUUGAAAAUCUUUUCCAAUGAUUAGAGAAUACACAUUUCUAAAAUAUUAUGAAUAUUUGAGUUUUUCUUUAAAUAUUUUAUAAACAUGUUUGCUGAUUUUUAUUUGAUUUCUUUGUUAAUUUUAUUUUGAAUAAUUUUUAUAACUUUAUAUUGUUGGCAUUAACACAAUGUGUGUAUUUAUUAAGGCGCAGUUAGAGAAUAUAUAUUUGAAAACUAUAAUUAUUGAAAUUCAAAUAUAAAUAAUGGACUUACAUACAUACAUAUACUUACUAUACAUAUCUAUAUAUAUUAUUUGAAAUAAAUAUAUUUAGUUUAAGUAAAAUUAUUUAAAGUAUAACUUUUUAAAAUUGACCUUUAAAUAGUGGGGAAAUAAAUUAAAAAAAAGGAAAAUUUAAGGAUUUUUUGAAAUUUUCUUAAGGUUUCAAUUGAGGUAUAAUAAGAACAAAUUAUAAAAAAAAAAAAUAAUAUUUUGCAAAUUGCAAAAUGGUUUUGUAAUUGAUAUCUUUAGCACCAAGAGAUAGAAACGAUUUUUAAACAAUUACGAUAAACUUUAUUUUUGGUAUAAAGUUCGGUUCCCACGAUAUUUGAAACUACACUUCUAAGCCACAUGAUUCACAUGUGCUUUUUCUAUAGUCUAUAUAACAGUUUUUUUUUCUAUAGAAAAUAUUCUAUAUAACAGUAUUCCCUAUAGACAAUUUUCAUAAUAAUUUUAUUUUCUAUGGAAAAUAUUAUGUAUAACAGUUUUUCUUUUAUUCUGUAUAACAGUUUUUUUAUAGACAAAUUGUUUAGUUUUUUCUAUUAAAAAGAAUGUUUUAAACAAAUUUCUUGUAAAGAAUUCUAAUGAGAAAACUAUUUUGUUUUAAUAAUAUGAAAAAGUUUCAAUUAUAAUUCGAAUGUAAGUCAGACAACAAAAAGGUCUUCUGUAUCGGAAACAAAUUUCAAAAUCUCCAUUUUAAAGGUCAUCUAAAUAAAGUUCAAGAAUAAUUGUUUUUAAACAACGAAAUAAACUAAAGUUUAAAACAACAACAUUAUCAUAUGCCAAAUAGCAAAAAAAAAAAAAAAAAA